AUGAUUGCCCGUCUCAAUAACCCCUUCUUGUACCCCGCCGUUUGUGAGAAAAACCCGAUCUUCUUUUUCCACUACCCGCCGCCGCCGCCGGAAAUCCAAUUCGCCUUCGGACCUCUCUCCACCGCCCGCAGGCUUCACACGGCCGCUCAGACCCCAAUCGCCGUCUGCGCAGAUGGGAUCCCACGCGUCGUCAAAGCAGACGCGCAAUCAGCGCUCUGUGACUACUUGCACUCCACGCGCGGGCUGAGCUUCUUGGACGCCGAGCACAUCAGCAAGAAUUCGCCUCGAUUUGUCGCGAAGCUAAUUGCAAAGGUCGAGAAGGAGCAAGAUAUCUCCCGGGCCCUCACGAGAUUCUUCCGGUACAACCCAAUAAACGAGUUCGAGCCGUUUUUCGAGAGCUUGGGCCUGAGGCCCAAGGAAUCCGAAUCUCUUCUCCCUCGCGGGCUGUUUUUUCUCGCCGAUGAUCCUGCCCUGCUCGACAACUUUCAAACACUCAGCAGUUAUGGGGUCCCGCGUAGUAAAAUCGGGAGAAUGUACAAGGAAGCGAAUGAGCUGUUCGGUUAUGAGUACGGUUUAUUGGAAUCGAAACUGAGGGCUUAUGAAAAUUCAGGUAUGCAUCGUUCGACUGUAAUAAAGCUCGUGACUUGUUGUCCUCUGCUUUUGGUUGGGAACGUAAAUGGUGCAUUUGUGAAGGUUUUUGAUAAACUGAACGAGUUGGGUUUUGAUGAGAAUUGGAUAGGGAGGUAUUUAUCUGUGAAGAAAAACACGUACAAUUGGAAUAGAAUUUUAGAUGCAUUGUGUUUUCUCCAUGAGGUGGGAUAUAGCAAUGAUGAAAUCGAGGCUUUGUUGAAAACCGAUACUUCACUGUUGUUUCAAACUUCCGGUAAAGAAGUUUACUCCGUUGUUUGUACAUUGCUUAAAUUAGGCCUUACCAUGAGAGAUAUCUAUAAUGUGGUGUCUAAAAACCCACAGAUACUAUCGUCAAAGUUCGCAAAGAACUUCUGGAAAGCACUUAAUUUUCUCAUUGAGAUUGGUAUGGAUCGAGAGAACACGGGCCAGAUUCUAUCCAGUCACAUGAAUUUUUUCAACUCCCGUUUAACCUUAAACGGGCCAAAAACCGUGGGGAGAAAAUUCGGUAAUUGCAGGUAUAGUUUAUGCGAGGCUAUAAAGAAGGACCCUUCGAGUUUUUUCAAACUAGCCUUCAAAUCGAACAACCUAAAUGCAGAUUACUUAGAUGCCCGAAACCCGAAUAAUAUCGUGCAAAAGACUGAAUUUUUGAUAAGAAUCGGGUAUUUAGAGAAUUCAGAAGAGAUGAUGAAAGCUCUAAAGCAGUUUAGAGGCCGAGGGGACCAACUUCAAGAAAGAUUCGAUUGCUUGGUUGGGUUCGGUUUGGAUUUUAACACGGUUUCGAGUAUGGUGAAGCUGGCCCCUACUGCUUUGAACCAAACUAAGGAAAUUCUUGAAAAGAAAAUCGAUUUCUUGAUAAACUUCUUGGGGUACCCGGUGGAAUCUAUCGUGGCUUUCCCAACUUACCUCUGUUAUGAUUUGGGGAGGAUUAGUGCGCGUUUUUCAAUGUACAAAUGGCUUCAAGAGAAAGGUGCUGCAAAGCCAAUGUUAUCUGUGAGCACGCUUCUCGCAAGUUCGGAUAAACGAUUUGCGAAAUACUUUGUCAGCGUACAUCCGGAAGGCCCAGCUGUGUGGGAAAGGUUUAAGAAUCAUCGGUAG